GUAUAUUUUCAAUUAUCUUAAAAAUAGAGACAUUUCUUUACAUUUGGCAUCCCUGAUUCGAACACUAAAUUUUGUUUUUGACGUUUUGAGGGAUGCGAGUGCGAGUGAAUUCAAAAAACUUUGAAGUAGCUCGCACGCCGGAAAACACAUGACACUAACUGGCAUGAUGUGUUCACACGGUGUGAGUAGCUGCACUGCAGCAACUGACUAGACCGACUCGUAUGCUUACUCGCACCGUCUGAACCCGGCUUGAGGCUGCUUCGAAAAUUGCACUUUCAUUGACUGGAGAUAAAUUCCCGUAUGUGCCUCGUUCAGAUAACAUUCUAUAAAUUACUUGACAAGUUGUGAGAGAGUUAAUCUGCCUGUUCCAUCACGUGAUGAGUAAGCUCAGCUUCCACCGGGAGCUGCAGGCAGCGGAUCCCCAACGAACUCCUGUAUUAAUAAUUGGCCAGCUGCGCCAUCUGAGCGCUAUUCCGUUUGAGCGCGUCUCUGGCAAGCUCGAGCCUCGAGUUACCCAGGAAACUUACGAAAAAGCCAUUUCGUAUCUUCAUCCGGCUCCAACGGACACCUGCUCGCUGUACCUGGAUUUGGCAAGAAUUGCUGCCUUGCCGACCAAAGCUUCCCGCCAUAAUUCCGACUCGAGAGCACACGCCCUAACGAAGCUGGUUCAAACGCACACCGCAGGGGUCACGGAAUCAAUUGUGAUCGUGUGCGAGAAGGAAAAUGUGUUCGCCUCCGGAUGCGCUGUUGCGAGAGCGUUUCCACUGUACAAUAGGAAAUCCUCAAAAAUCGAAGCGACAACGCUGCCCGUUGAAACAGUCACAACGGUUAACGUGGAGUUUGUGUUGAUUGGCGAGGGAACGAUCACGGAUCAGGAUAUUGAGGUGCUGGAAAAUGCCGCUAAAGGUAUCCGGCUAACGGCAAGAAUCGUCGAUGCUCCAUGCAACGAGAUGAAUGUUUCCGGUUUCUUGAAGGAGGUGGAUGCUGUGGCGAAAGAGCUGAACCUCACACCAAAAAUUAUUCGAGGGGAAGAACUCAAAGCGCAAGGUUUUGGAGGAAUCUACGGCGUCGGGAAAGCUGCAUCCGAUCCUCCUGCUCUAGCGGUGCUUUCCUACGAGCACAAGAAUGCGACCGAAACGGUAGCGUGGGUGGGGAAAGGAAUCGUUUUCGACACCGGCGGUCUCAGCAUUAAGGGUAAAACUGCGAUGCCAGGAAUGAAGCGUGACUGUGGAGGGGCCGCAGCGAUUCUCGGCGCAUUUUAUGCUGCAGUUAAGAGUGGUUUCAAACAGAAUCUGCACGCUGUGUUUUGUUUGGCAGAAAAUUCUGUUGGACCGAACUCAACGCGUCCCGACGAUAUUCACCGCUUGUAUUCAGGUUGUACUGUGGAAAUCAACAAUACUGAUGCCGAAGGUCGUUUGGUACUGGCAGAUGGAGUUUGCUAUGCAGAUCGUGAUCUGAAAGCGCAAAUCAUUCUCGAUAUGGCCACAUUGACGGGAGCCCAAGGGAUCGCAACUGGGAAAUAUCACGGUGCAAUCUUAACCAACAGUGAUCAAUGGGAGCAGAAGGCACUGAUUGUUGGCCGAAAAACGGCUGAUCUGCUUUCACCGGUUCCGUACUGUCCGGAGCUUCAUUUCAGCGAGUUCACCUCUGCUGUUGCGGACAUGAAGAAUUCUGUUAUGGACCGCGGCAAUGCACAAGUCAGUUGCGCAGGUUUGUUUGUGGGUGCCCAUCUUGGUUUCGACUAUUCCGGCGCUUGGCUACACGUUGAUAUGGCAUCCCCUGUCCACAACGGCGAACGCGCAACGGGUUAUGGUGUUGCGCUACUUCUGGGACUUUUUGGAGAAUAUAGCUGCAAUGGAAUGCUGAACGAAAUAGCGACUUUCGGUAAGAAUGGUACUCCUAAUGCUAUAGAACCAACAGCGAAAAAGGUUCGCCACAAUUGAACAAUCGAUCCAUUUUUUUCACACAUUUUGUAACCCUUUUUUCGUAUUCGAUAAUUAAUAAAAGGUUUUAAAGAAUAAA